AUGGUAAACCUAUGGCUCAACAAUCAGCUCGUUGGGUUAUCUCGAACAACUGAUGUGUUGAGCUCGAUGACCCAAUUGUACCAGGUCUGGAUCCACCAUAACUCGUUCACGGGUUCGAUUCCGCAUCUGUUGGGAUGCACUGAUUUGUUUGAUUUGCAGCUGAGGGGCAAUCAGCUUACCGGAAUCGUGUCGGCCUCUCUGAUGGGUCUUCUGAAAUUAGCCAACGUCUCGUUGCAGAACAACGAGUUGCAGGGUCCAAUGCCCGUGUUCGGCAGCGAGGUCACCUUUACUCUCGGGGUGGUGACAGUAAUGGAGGUGGUGAAGUCGGAGGACAUCCAAACUCUUACAUUGACCCAUGGCCAAGUACCCGAGGGCCCUCCACGUCGCUCUGCAAAUUUUCAUCCGAGUGUUUGGGGAGAUUAUUUCCUUGCCUAUGCUUCUGUCGCCAUGGAACCGGAUGUUAAAACGGAGCAAAGAAUUGAGCAGCUCAAAGAAAAAGUCAGAGAGAUGAUAGUGGCAAGUGCUGAUAAACUUUCACAGAAGUUGAGCUUGAUUGAUGCAAUUCAACGCCUAGGCGUAGGCUACCAUUUCGAAACAGAGAUUGAGACAACAUUACAGCACAUAUAUGAAACCUAUCAUGAAAUGGCCAACGAUGAAGAUCUUUACACUGUGGCUCUCUCAUUUCGAGUGCUUAGACAGCAAGGAUAUCCUGUCUCCUGUGAUGUAUUCAACAAAUUCAAGGAUGACGAAGGGAAAUUUAAGGAAUCAUUGAUUGGUGAUGUGAGAGGAUUGUUGAGUUUGUACGAAGCUACACAUCUGAGGGUGCAUCAAGAAGAUAUACUAGAUGAAGCACUGGAAUUUACCACCACUCACCUCAAUUCUGCACUACCAAACUUGAGCAAUAAUCCAAUUGCAGCACUAGUAGUUCAUGCUCUAGAUCAGCCCAUCCACCUGGGCUUGACAAGGCUCGAGUCAAGGCAUUAUAUCUCCUUCUAUGAAAAAGAUGAUUCCCACAACAAAGUUCUAUUGGAUUUUGCGAAAUUAGAUUUCAACUUAUUGCAGAAAUUGCACCAGAGAGAGCUAAGUGAAUUCACAAGGUGGUGGAAAGAUUUGGACGUUGCAGGGAAACUACCUUUCGCUAGAGACAGAGGGGUGGAGUUGUUCUUUUGGAUAUUGGGAGUGUACUAUGAGCCCCAAUAUUUUCCUGCUAUAAGGAUUCUAACCAAAUUGAUUUCCUUGAUUUCCAUUAAUGAUGACUUAUAUGAUGCUAGCAAUGCGACCAUCGAAGAACUUGUGCUCUACCAUGAUGCAAUUCAAAGGUGGGAUGUCAGUGCCCCGGAUCAACUUCCUGACUACAUUAAACACUUUUAUCAGAAGAUUUUGGAUACUUACAACAUGAUUGAGAAUGAAAUGGCCAAGCAAGGAAGAUCAUAUCGAGUCGAAUAUGCCAAAUCUGCAUUGAAAGAUAUGGUUAGAGUAUACUUGAUUGAAGCCAAAUGGUAUCACCAAGGCUAUGUUCCAACCAUGGAAGAGUAUAUGCCAGUUGGGAAAUUGAGUGCUGGUCUCCGAUCACUUGCGACCGCUUCCCUUGUUGGAAUGGGAGAGGUUGCGACCAAAGAGGCCUUUGAUUGGGUUAUCAGUGAUCCUUUAAUUGUUGAAGCUUCUGGAGUGAUUGGCAGGCUCAUGGACGACGUCGUUUCCCACGCGUUUGAGCAAGAAAGAGGUCACGCAGCCUCAUCAGUUGAAUGCUACAUGAAACAAUAUGGUGCGACAGAAGAAGAGGCCGUUGCUGAAUUUCAGAAACAAGUUAUAAGUGCAUGGAAAGACAACAACUCAGAGUGCCUCCGCCCAUCCGCUUUCCCAAUGCCUAUCCUCUUGAGAGUUUUCAAUGUGGCACGAACGUUUCAUAUUGUGUACAAGGAUGCAGAUAGUUACACACAUUCUGGGGCCAAGUUCAAGGAAAUAGUGACCUCGGUACUUGUUGAUUCUGUGCCAAUUUGAAAUCUCUCUUGCAAAAGGUUGAGCCCAAUGAUACGGUGCCAAGUAGGAAUGUUGUGUGAUGUUGCAAUAGCCAAUUUCUGUUUUCAAUAAAAGAUCUGUUUUUCCUUUCUGUUUUCAUUUCCCAGUUGUGUAGAAAGGUGAGGUAGAGCGAGGAGGAGGGCAAGCAUUUGUAUGUAACGAAUUAAUUGGGAUGAAAUGCUCGAUCCCAUCUCUAUCCCUUUCAUCAAUAAAAUUCCCAUUUCAAUCUA